AUGGGUCCAUAUACAAAUACAAAGCAAGGGUUUGAUAUAGUGAUAGUUCUUGUAUAUGUUGAUGAUUUACUGAUUACAGGAAAUACCCAAGCUCUAGUUGAUGAUGCUCAAAAGACUCUACACAACAAGUUUAAGGUGAAAGAUCUAGGACAACUCAGAUACUUCAUAGGAAUUGAGAUAUUAAGGUCAGACAAGGGGAUAUUACUCAAUCAAAGGAAGUACACUUUGAAACUUUUAUCCAAAGCUAGAUUAGGAGGAGCUAAGCCAGCAUCCACUCCAAUGGAGAUGAACAUAAAGCUUACUACUGUAGAAUAUAAUUCAAUGGUUGGGAAUGUGAAUGAUCCUAUCCUAACUAAUGUGCAUAGCUACCAGCAGCUGAUAGGGAAACUGAUUUAUUUGAUAAUCAUCAGGCCUGACAUUUGCUUUGCAGUUCAGGUUCUUAGUCAAUUCAUGCAACAUCCAAAAAGGUCACAUUGGGAUGCAACACUAAGAGUUCUUAGAUAUUUGAAAGGGGCACCUGGACAAGGAAUAUUGCUGAAGAAAGGAUCAAUCACAAGCUUAACAGCAUUCUGUGAUUCAAAUUGGGCAGCAUGCCCCAACACAAGAAGGUCAAUAACAGGAUAUAUAAUCAUGCUUGGGGAGUCUAUGGUUUCAUGA